GUUAAAAAUGGAUUUUAAUGAAGAAGAUGACGGGCUUAAUUAUGAUAAGAACACACCCAUGGUUGGGUUCUUUGAGAUGUUUAAGUUCAGUACAUUCAAGAUCAAGAUCUACCUAGUACUAGGCAUCAUCUCUGCGAUCCUUGCAGGGAUAGCAAUGCCUCUGUUUGUUAUUUUUAUUGAAGAGCUUUACAACUCGUUUGACCCAGACACAUCAGUUAAGACGACAUAUGAUAACUGAUUCAAGAUAUUGCUAUAUCUGAUCUACAUUGGAAUUGGACUGUGGUUUGUCAGCUACCUCUACCUUGCCUUCUUCGGUAUGGUAUCUGAGUACACCGGAAUGAUCUACAGAGUUAAGUACUUAGAGUCAGUUCUUAAACAAGAUAUCUCAUGGUUCGAGAAUAAUGAUCCUCAAUCAUUGGCAUCAAAGAUUAGUAAAGAAGCUUCAGCUAUUCAAGUAGCUACUGGAGAGAAGGCAGCCAAUAUUUUCUUCGCGUUUACUAUGCUGAUCGCUGGGGCAGUAGUCUCAUUUACAAUGGGAUGGAAGUUUGCCCUUGUUACAGUUGCACUGUUCCCUCUUUUGUUCUUAGUCUUAUCCUUCAUGAUAAUUGUUCUCCAGAUGGGAUUUAAGAAACAAGAGCAAGCAUUCAAAGCUUCAAGCACUCUUGCAGAGCAAGCUUUAAACUCUAUUAAAGUUGUUCAGGCUUAUGGACAGGAAGAAAAAGAAGACGAAAGAUUCUGUGAGCCUUUGGAAGAAGCUAGAAAGAGCGGAAUUAAAUACCACUUCAUUUCUUCUCUUGCUUAUGGAAUGAAUAAUGGAAUUUUCAUGCUUAUAUUUGCCUUAGCUUUGUUCUUCGGAGCAUUGUUCGUAACUGAAGGAAUAAAAAACGAUAUCAGAGAUAGAGAUUACACUCCAGGGGAUAUUAUUGCAGUAUUUUUCGGAAUGAUGUUUGCUGCCUUUUCUCUUAGUUUGGCAGGACCAAACUUCAAGUCAGUAACAAAAGGUAGACAGGCAGCAUAUGCAGCUCUUCAAACUAUUGAAAGAGUGCCAAAUAUCAUUAUUGAUGAUGAAGCUGCCAAACGUAUAGACAAUAUCAGAGGUGAAAUCAAGUUCCAAGAUGUAAAGUUCAAAUACAAAACCCGGAAGAUCAAUGCUUUGGAUGGAGUCACCAUCAACUUUGAACAAGGCAAAGUCACUGCCCUGGUUGGUCCUUCUGGAUCUGGAAAGUCUACCAUUGUUCAGCUCAUGGAGCGCUUCUACGACCCUGAUGAAGGCUCAGUGCUCAUUGACGGUGAAGACCUCAGAAACGUCAAUCUCAGAGACUUCAGGUCCAAAGUGGGAUAUGUGGGACAGGAGCCUGUGUUGUUCAACCAAACCAUCAGAGAGAACUUGUACUACGGUAACCCUGAAGCCACCGAAGAUGACAUGCUCGAAGCUUGCAAGAAAGCCAAUGCAGCCAAGAUCAUUGAGAGACUUCCAGAAGGACUUGACACCAUUGUAGGAGCUCAAGGAGGCCAGCUUUCAGGUGGAGAAAAACAAAGAAUUGCUUUAGCCAGAGCAUUCAUCAAGGAUCCGAAGAUUCUAAUUUUGGAUGAAGCGACAUCAGCUUUGGACAGGAAGAACGAACAAGAAGUACAAGAAGCCAUUGACAAUUUGAAGAACGGAAAUCUGAACAUCACGACCAUUGUUAUUGCUCACAGGCUCUCAACUAUUAGAUAUUCGGACAAGAUUGUUGUACUUAAGGAGGGAAAAGUUGUGGAAGAAGGAAAUCAUAAAGAGUUAUUGAAAAAUUAUAAGGGAGGAGUUUACUCAACUUUAGUUGCUAAACAAGAAAAACUUGAUGAUGACCAAGAAGAAAGUGAUGAGAGUUUAGAUGGGAGUUCAGAUGAAUCUGCUGAUCAUAAAAAGAGGGUACACAAGACGUCUACAAUGAGAAAGAAUACUUCAUUUAAUGAAGAAGUCAAGAGCAAGAAAGAAGAGGCUGACGCACUUGAUGAAGAUAUUAAGAAAGAAAAGGAUGAACUUAUUGCUCAAAUCAAGAAAAAAGGAUACUUCAAGAGACUUAUAGAGUAUAAUCAACCUUACUGGUUGAUUGUUGUCGGUCUUAUAAGCUCAGGAAUUCAAGGAAUGACAAUGCCUGUUUUUGCUGUAUUUUAUGUCAAGAUUUUAUUUGCAAUGUUUGAAGAAGACCUUGAAUUAAUCGCUUGGUACUGCUUUGGAAUGGCUUGUAAUUGUGCCCUUUCUUGAACUGCUACAUACUUUCAAAAGCUGUCAUUUGGAAUUCUUUCUGAAAAUAUGACUAAAUGUAUUAGAAGAGACCUCUACAAAGCUAUACUAAAGAAGCAUGCAGGAUGGUUCGAUCUUCCAGAAAACAAUAUAGGAGUACUUACUUCUACUCUUACUUCUGAUGUAUAUGCAUUAAAUGGGGCUUCUACAGAGGGACUCUCAACAGUUAUUGAAACAUGGAUUGGACUCAUUGGCGGGCUAACCAUGGGACUCAUUUUUGAAUGGAGAAUUGCUUUAAGUGCUCUCUGUGUCAUUCCAUUCUUCAUUUGCUCAGCUGUAAUUCAAGUUCAAUUACAAACUGGAUUCACUGAAUCUCAAGAAGGUUCUUUAAAGAAAGCAAACUUGCUUCUAUCAGACGCUAUUUCUAAUUACAAAACAGUUGCUUCCUUUGGACACGAGUACUUACUUACAGACAUCCUUAGAGAAAAUUUGAAAGAGCCUUUAAGAAAAGGAGCCAUUAAGUCUCAUUUAGCAGGAUUCGUAUUUGGGUGGUCUAACUUUGUCCAGAAUGUUGUGAUGGGUCUCUUGUUUUUCCUCGGAGCAGUGUAUAUCAGAUAUGAUGGAGCUGAUCAGGAAAAUUGCUUCUUGGCUAUUUUUGUUUUGAUGUUUGCAGCAUGGGGAGCUGGACAAGCUCAACAGUUCGGACCAUCUCAAGGUAAAGCUUUCAAAUCUGCUAUCAGGAUAUUCUCUAUUAUUGAUGAGCCCUCAGAAAUUGAUGCCAGUGAAGACAGUUCAGAACUUGUUAUGGCUGAUGAUAAGACCUUUAAUGGUAAAAUUGAAUUUAGAAAUGUAUGGUUCAGAUACCCGACCAGGCCAGAUACCUGGGUUCUUAAAGAUUUCUCACUUACUGUUCUCCCACAUGAGAAGAUAGGAUUGGUUGGAGAAUCUGGAAGUGGAAAGAGUACCAUAGUCCAACUGAUUCUUAGGUUUUACGAGCCUCACUUUGGUCAGAUCUUGAUUAACGGAGUCGACAUCAAGCAUUACAAUCUGAAGUCUCUUAGACAACAAAUGGGGCUAGUGCAGCAAAUGCCAACUUUGUUUAAUGACUCUGUACUGUUUAAUAUCUGAUAUGGAGAAAACGAGCAAGAUGUGAACAAAGCUAUAGAAGCAUCUGGCAUCUCAAACGCUAAAGGCUUCAUCUCAAGACUAACAGAUGCUAAAGGAGAUGACAAUGUUGCAAUUGAAGAACAUGAAGAGGUCGAUGAAGACAAUGUUGAUGUUGAAGAUCUCAAGAAAGGUCUAAAAACUGGAUGUGGAACUAAUGGAGGUAAACUAUCUGGAGGACAAAAGCAAAGAGUUGCCAUAGCUAGAGCUGUAAUCCGUCAACCUAGCAUUUUGCUUCUUGAUGAAGCUACAAGUGCCUUAGAUGAAGUUUCUCAAGGAAAAGUGCAAGAAGCACUCGAGAAAAUCAUGGAAGGCAGGACAUCUAUCGUUAUUGCUCAUAGGCUUACAACUAUUGAGAAUUGUGAUAGAAUCGUAUUACUUAAGAAUGGAAAGAUAUAUAAGCAGGGAAAAUACAAUGAAAUCAAAAACGAUUUGUAA